GGUCGGUCCUCCCGCCGCUGCGCCCCCGCGCCUCUCUCCACUGCACCCGGGGCGCACGAGGGGCGCGGUGCCCGGAGGGCUCCUCGGGGGGACGCGGAUCCCCAGCCGCGGGCCUCCCGACCUGCUCGCCCUCUCCGGCCUGGUCUGCAGCAGAGACUGCGGCGGCGACCCGGAGCUCCUCGGCCCCGCGACGUGCGGAGCAUCUUCGAGCAGCCGCAGGAUCCCCGCGUCCCGGCGGAGCGAGGCGAGGGACACUGCUUCGUCGAACUGGCACUGCGGGGUGGCCCGGGCUGGUGUGACCUGUGUGGACGAGAGGUGCUGCGGCAGGCGCUGCGCUGCGCUAACUGUAAAUUCACCUGCCACCCUCAGUGCCGCAGCCUGAUCCAGCUGGACUGCAGUCGGCAGGGGGGCUCAGCCCAGGACAGGCCUUCUCCAGAGAGUACCCUCGCCCCGACCUUCGGCCAGAAUGUCUGUAAACCGGUGGAGCCACAGCGCCCGCCCACGCUACAGGAGAUCAAGCAGAAGAUUGACAGCUACAACACCCGGGAGAAAAACUGCCUGGGCAUGAGGCUGAGCGAGGACGGCACCUACACGGGUUUCAUCAAAGUGCAUUUGAAACUGCGGCGGCCCGUGACGGUGCCCGCUGGGAUCCGGCCCCAGUCCAUCUAUGACGCCAUCAAGGACGUGAACCUGGCAGCCACCACGGACAAGCGGACGUCCUUCUACCUGCCCCUCGACGCCAUCAAGCAGCUGCACAUCAGUAGCACCACCACGGUCAGUGAGGUCAUCCAGGGGCUGCUGAAGAAGUUCAUGGUCGUGGACAACCCCCAGAAGUUUGCACUUUUUAAGCGGAUACACAAGGAUGGACAAGUGCUCUUCCAGAAGCUCUCCGUGGCUGACUGCCCCCUCUCCCUGCGCCUGCUCGCUGGGCCUGACACUGACGUCCUCAGCUUUGUGCUAAAGGAGAACGAGACUGGAGAGGUGGAGUGGGAUGCCUUCUCCAUCCCUGAACUCCAGAACUUCCUAACAAUCCUGGAAAAGGAGGAGCAGGACAAAAUCCAGCAGGUGCAGAAGAAGUAUGACAAGUUUAGGCAGAAACUGGAAGAGGCCUUAAGGGAAUCCCAGGGCCAACCUGGGUAACUGGUCUUACAUCCCCUCCUGCCAAUGCCCUCGGAUUUAUUUUUAUUAUUAAUUAUUAUUUGGCAACAGACACUUUUUCUCAGGACCUCUCUGGCGGGUGCAUCCAUUCCCGCCCAGCUGUUCCAAAAGAGGCACAAAGUCUCUUCUCUGGACAGGUGUGGUGCCGGGGCUGAGUCCUGUCCACCCCUGGACUGUGCCCUCAACAGACUCACUCUGCCAAGGAUCAGUACCGUGUGAAGUGGACAGCGCCGUCCCCUCUCCGUCUGCAAGCCUUUCACUGACCAGUUGCCUCUCUUGUCACCAAAUCACCUGUCACAACAGCUGGCAAAGGAAGGAAGAAAGAUUUUAGAGCUAAACGGUCUUUCUCUGGCUUUGAUUCUUCAGUUUCUGUCUUAUUUGCCGCCUACAGUACCUUUAUUUAUGAGUCAAAUGUUGUAGCAUAUUCCUUCAGCAGGUCUGAGCUAAGCCCCUCAAAACAGGAUAAUGCUCUUAAAAGAGUUGUUCCCAUGGCCCCUUGGUGCCCACUGUUUGUGCUUAUGGAACGGUCUUAAAGCCACUGGCCUGAAUGCUCAGGAUAGGGGGCACGAAAGCCGAGGCUGGCCCAGAGAUCUCCAGAGAAGCUGCAGCCUCCCUUGGCCCUGUCCCUCAUUGCCCAAAAGACUGUGCACAUGCAAACCCAAAGGCCAAUGUCUGCAUCUACAUGGUUCUUAGUCAAUCCCUGUCCACAAACUCUUUGUUUUUAAGUUGCAUGUUUGGAUUUAGUACUGCCAUCAUUUUCACAUGUUUCCACCAAAGGGAAACCAGCCAUCUACCAUUUGAAGAGGCUCCUGCUGAGUGGGGAAAUCUGGCAGUAAGAGAAGCCAAAGAGCAAGGCAGGAAUUGUGUCCCAGCUGUCUGCUGCCCUCCCAGCCCGGGCGCGCAAUGGGGCCCAGGCUACCUGGGCUUCCCUCAUGGCCUCCAGCACUGCCUCCCUCCUCCCACAAAGACUCUGGGAUCUCCAGGUGCUGCCCGAGGAGUUGCCUUGAUCACAGAGGGGACACUCCACCUCAGCCAACCUGCAUUCCCUCUGUUCCGAAGCACGGGCCAGGCCAUGCACUGUGCUCAGGAGCCCGUGAGCCUGGCCUCCUUGUUGACCUCAGUGCCUUUUUGUUUUCAGAGAGAGAUAGGCGCAGGGCAUGCUCGCCUGAGGCUCUGCUGUUUGCUGGCUCCCGCCAGGAAGCGGACAACGGCAAUGUGGGAGACCAGGCCAGACGCUGCCCUCCAAACGGGGUGUGGGACGCACACCUCCUUCUCAUCAGAGCCCCUGGGCUUUGACUUCCAAGAGAUGAUGUCAGACCACACGGACAGGGAGGAUCAGAUUCCUGACUCAACAGUUGCACUGGCUCCUUACAUGGAGUCAAAUUUAAAUUAGCCAGACAAUUCUAGCAAGUGGGCAAGAUGGCAAAGACUCUCCCAUGCAGAGAAAGGACUUGUAUUUCUCAAAGCAGGGCCAGUUUUCCCAUCUGGCCUCUGAAAGACUAUUUCUUUGCUGUCCUCUGCCUUCCCAAGUCCUCGGGUUAGUUCAAGCCCCAGCUUCUUUGUGUGGUCUCCAAGUCCCCUCCCUGACCGAUGCUUAGCCCACACCACCCCGGUCCUGGGAGGAAUGCGGAUCCCUUGUCACUCAAACUAUGCGAGUCUUCAGAGCUGCAAAAGCAAUGGAAAGUAGCAACUUGAAAAGAUUUUUAAACCACAGAAUCCCUGGUUACUUGCCAUCUCAUGCCCAGCCUUAUCACUACCCUCGCUUAUAAAAAGCUCCUCUCCCUGCUGUGUAUUAAAAGGGCAGGUAGAGAGUCCUUUUCCCUCCUCCUGCAUGUCUCUAACAUUAAGAAGGCAUGGCUCCUGCUGCAACCGCUGUUAAUGCUGCUGAGAACCUCCCUCAGGGGGUAUCUAUUUUAUUUUUGAGAAGGAAAAAAAAAAGUCAUGUAUAUAUAUAUAUAUACAUACACAUAAAGGCAUAUAGCUAUAUAUACAGAGAUAAGGGUGUUUAUGAACAAAGAAAACAAUGAGAGUUCAGUUUGUCUAAAGCACAGUUAGACCCAGGACUCUGCAGAGGUCUGCCCCUCCGAAACAAGGCUGUGUCGUGCGCCCCUUCCCCCGCAGAGGUGGGUGUAACUGCUGGUAGUGCCUUCUCUGGUCGUGUCGCUCAGUGUGCAAGUGUUCGUGGUGAGGAUAUUUUCUUUUUAAGUGUCUUUCUUAUAUGGGUUUUCAGAAAGUAAUAAAAGCUCGUUGCAAAAAUGA